UGCAACAGGUUGUGUCCAAGGGACAGGCGUUGUUCCCUCGCUGCAGCGAAGAACAACAGAUUCAGCUUCAUUCUCGGAUAAAUGAUUUGCAGCGAUGUUACAGCCAGCUACAGGACACAGCAUCUAACCGUCUGGACUUGCUCGGUAAACAUCUCACCAGGAUGAAGCGAUACGAGACAGACGUUGCUAAGAUUGAAUGUUGGCUGAGUGCCAGCGAGCCAAUUGCUUUUGCUCCUGUUGUCCUACAGUGCCCUCUAGAGGACAUGGAGCAACAGAGAGGGCAGUUUCAGGACAUCUGUGAUGACUCUGACACCUAUAAGAAUCUGGUCGAUUCCCUGUGCUCUCAGGCCACCGACAUCUUGCCAGAGCUGAGCCCCAGUGACAAAGUUAUCAUUGAGGAGCAGCUGCAGUCCCUGCGAGAGAAGUGCAAAGAAGUGGCCAGCAAAUCAUCCAAUAAGCAGUACCACCUUGUAGACUCCAUUCAGCAGCGGGAGGCUUACGAGGCACAGCUUGCUGACGAGGAUACAGAGCUGGCCGAUCUGCAGGCCCUGGCUAAGCUGCUAGAGGAUCCAAUCAGUCAUGACGUGGAUCGGGCCACAGAUCAGCUGCAGAAGGCUGGGGAUAUUAAGGCCAAAGUUGUGAACCAGCAACCCAAAAUGGACAGUCUUCAUGACAGUUGCGCAGCCAUGGCAACCAGUGGCCAGAUGGACCAUGCAGAGGACGUGUCCCGAUUAGACGGGAUCUACAAGGACCUGCUCAGCCGGACCGCCUCCCGAUGCAUAGUCAUGGAGGAUGCGGUGAGGGUCAGACAAGCUUAUGCAGCCAACGUCAAGGAGGUUCAGGACUGCCUGGAGCACUGUGCCAUCGAGAUGCCAGCGCUGCAAGAAUCCGGAAUGAUAACUGAGGAGAAACUGGAAAAAUGCCAGGCCCUGAUGUCAAUGGUAGAUGAGCAGUUUCCCACCGUGGUGACUCUGGAAACCCAGGGGCAAGACAUCCUCCACACUGCCGACAAGACGGACCAGCCCGUCAUCACUGCCACCAACCUCAAGCUCAAGCAGGACCUGAGGUUGGCAGCGGAGAACCUGAGAGAAAACCAGCUGGUCCUGGAACAGACAAGGAGUGACAAGGAGGCACUGGGGAAGGAGGUGGAGGGAUGCCUGGCCUGGCUGAAAGCAGCCGACGCUGAGAUGAGGGAGAUGACACCCAUUGGCCUGCCUGCUGAAAGAGUUGAGGAAGAACUAAGCAAGCACGAGCUUUCACAGCCAACCCUGGACAAGCAGCUCCAGCAAGCCCAAGCCCUCAUCAUCAGUGUCAAUGCCAAGUACGCUGAGCUGGGGGAGCCCAUCCCCCUGAAACUCCAAGCCGACCUGGAGGAGAUGGAUGCCCUGCACUCCCAGCUCCUCUAUGCUACCAAGGAGAAAGCGGCCAGGCUGCAGGAGGCCCUGAACCUGAGGGAAGACCUGGAGAGAGGCCAGGAGGCGGUUGGGGAGUGGCUGGACGCUGCCGAGGAGAAGCUACAGGAGGAGGAAGAAGGGGUUGACUUUGAGGAGGGACACGACCAGUUGCAGAAACAUAAGCUCCUCUUUGCCAAGGAAGCAAUCUGCCAGAGUAGACUGGACGAAGUUGAAGAGAUCGCUGAGAAGAUCCUGCCAUCCCUUAGCCCAGAGGAUGCGGCCAAGCUGAAGGCAGAUCUCAGCGAUCUCGCCUCCCGGCUGGCGGACACUGCCACAAGGGCAAGGAACGUGGAGGAGGAGCUCCAGGACGGCGUAAACAACUGGCAGGACUUUCAGGCUGGUGCAGCCGAGAUGAAGAGCGCCCUUACUGGGCUGGAAGAGAGAGCCUCGUACCAGUCGCCAGUGAGCCUGGCAGUGGCCAGGGACAAUGAGCAACUCAGUCAGGAAAUAGGCGAAGUCAUGCAAACCCAGGUGAAGCAACUAGAAUUCUUGAAGCAGCAAGCUGAAAUAUUAGACAAGCAGGGAAACGAACCAGGCAAGGAAGCCGUCCAGAAAAGGUUGCAAGACCUGGAGCUUUUGGCAGACAGCCUGCAAGACAAGACAUCGGCCGACAACCAGAAGAUCAAGAGACAAGCUGCCAGCUGGCAGGGGUACCAUCAUGCUUUGCAAGAGGUCACAGAGUUCAUGUCAUCUGCUGAGCGAUGCCUGCCCAUGUACGUCUCACCUAGUGUUGGGAAUGAAGACCUCAUCAGCAAGCUGGAUUCUGCAAAGGAGAGCAAAGUCAAAAUGGCUGAAGGAGAAGCCAGCCUUGAAAGGUUGCAACAAGCCAGUCAAAUCCUGCUAGAUGAUCUUGAUGACCCAACACUCUCUGAACCAGUCAGAGAGGAGAUGGCAAGUGUACAAGACAGAGACAGCAGAUUACAAGCUGCAGCAACUGAGACUGAAUCUUCUCUGGAGCAAGAACUCGAGGACAGGCGAAUCUUUGCCUUACAGGUGGAGGACGUCUUGAAGGAUCUGAAACAACUCCUGAACAGACUGGCUGAGCUGGUACAGAGUGUUGGCCCAGAACUGAAAGAUGUUGAAGAGAAGAUGAACAGACAACAGGACAUGGCCAAUGAGCUGAAUGUCCUGAACCAGGCAUCUGACACCCUUGCUGACACUCAGCAGUCGAAGUAUGACACCCUCAAAGCCACGCCGCCUCCUGAGAUCGCCGAGGAGAUUGAGAGGCUCCGCAUCCAGCAAGCUCAGGUGGCCGAGGUGAUGGGGGAUGUGGAGAGGAGCCUUGAGGGUUCCAAGAGGCUGCGAAGAGACUUCUGCGACAAAGUGAAGAGGGUUGAGGAGGUCUUGGAGGAAGUAACUGAGACCUUGCAAGAGAGAGUCAUCGAUAUCUCGGAAGGGAAGAGAGCAACUGAGGAAGCUCAGGAAACUCUCCAAGAAGCCAAAGCUUUGAUGGAUGUCCUUCAUCACCAGGCUGACAGCCUCACCGACCAAUCCAAUCAGCCGACAGAGAGACAGCAGGUCAUUGCCAGAGUGGACAACCUCCAACACCAGGUCAUGGAGAUGGACGAGUCUGCAUCACUGAAGGUCGCCGAGCUGACCGAAGCGGUCGCACCCUGGGAGGAGUACCACGAGGCCAUGGCGAACGUGGAAUUAUGGGUAGCUGAAGGGAACAGUGUGACAGAGCCAGAACUUGUAAUGACGAGCCCACAGGUUGUACAGUCUCAGUUGGAUUCACACAAGAACAUUUUAGCCAAUGUCCCAGACAUCACUGAGAAGCUGGACGUACUGACUGCAACCACGGAAGCCCUGUCGCACAUCUGUGACUCGAAACAUCUUUCCCAGAAGGCCUCUGCCAUUUCCGAGCGAGCCAACGAAGUGGAAUCCAUCACUGAGGAGAGAAGAACAGUCCUUGAAGAGGCUGCCAAACAGUGGGUGAAGCAUGGCAAGGAGUUGGGGGAGUUGACAGCUGCUGUUUCGCAGGCCAAAGCGGCCAUGUUUGCACCUGAGUUGGAGACCAAGGGGCUGCAUCAACAGAUGAAAGCUCAAGAGGAUCUUUUGGCUGCUCUGGAAAUGUGCGAGGCCAAAGUGGAAGCUCUGAACAUCCGACAUGCCUUCCUGGUCCUGUCCAAACCCACAACCCGAGGCCAUCUCACUGAGACUCCACCCACCUCUCCUCGCCGUGCCCAGGAGGUCACACCCAAGGUUGCAGGUCAGGAGGUCAUCGACCCUCAGCUGACUGAAUUAGCUGGAGAAUUGGAGCAGCUGCACCAGAUCGCAGACGAACACAAAGACAAACUCAGGGUGGCUCUCAUCCAACAGGAGGAAUAUGAUGUCCAGUUGGAAGUCCUGGUGACUAAGAUAAGAGCAGCCCAAGACAGGAUGGCAUCACCCGUUGAGCCUACAACCAUGGAGGAAAUUAAGAGGCAGCUUGCAGAACAUGAUGCUUUGGCUGCAGAAAUCCAGACAUAUGAAGAUGAGAUCAGCCAGCUGAAUGAGAAGACAGAGAAGCUCCGUGAAGAGGCUGGGGCCAGAAUGGCCUCUCGGCUUGCCUCCUACGCCAAGGUCAACCCUCCACUCCAGUUCAUAACAAGACCACAUUUUGGUGUGCAGGCCCAGCUGCUGCGGAGGGGAAGUCCCACAAUGCUUCCAGGACUGUUUGCUACUCCCCAGGAUGCUCCCGCAAGUGUCGAUGACGGGAUGGAGCCACUGAGUGCCAAGAUGGUAGAGGACAUUGAGAAAGAAGAUAUUUCUGACGCAGAGGAACAGCCUCUUGAGGCAUCACAAGCUCUUGAUAGGAUUCCACAAAGGUCUGAUCUGACAGAACAAGCUCCUCCGAGCCUUGCAUCAGAGGCUCAGAAACCAUUGAAACGACAGGAUGAUAUGAAGACUCAAGUUGUUACGGAUCAAGGCCUGGCUUAUAUUCUGAGGCCUCUACAAGAGACUGCAGAUGACAUCAGCGGCUCGAGCCCCUUAACUGGCUCAGCAAGUCGCACCCCAGGUGGAGGUGUGGGACAGCCAUUACCAGACUAUGUUGUUAUGCAGGAAAUACAUCCAGAGAAAUUGCCAACUGUCGUUGCAAUAACAUCGAUUCCGGGAACUCACAAACCACUCAUAAUUCAGGAUCCAAGGACUGGACAACUCAUGGCUGCUGAGCCUGCCGAGAAACCAGAAGAGCUCCCAAAUCAGCCAACCAUCUACAUUCCAGAGUCUGGAAAAGUGUUGAUCUUAAAUCCAAAUGAGAACAUGGCAUUAGAGGCUUGCCCAGUUCAAACAGCUGGAGUAUUGCCCUCCCAGCACGCAGACUCUAAUACAAUUGGUCAGGAAUACCAACCACCAACAGAAACCCCACUUUCUCAGGUUGAACCCGGGAAAGCACCAGAGGCAGCUCUUCAAAAACAGAUUGUUACAGACAAAGGCCUGGCCUUUGUCCUGAGACCGCUUGAAGAUUUUGAUUUGAGUUCAGGUGUUCCGAGCCCCUUGUCUGGUGUCUUUGGCGUGGCCCCCGAUGGGGGCGACAGUCAGUCAUUACCUGCUCCAGAUUAUGUAAUGAUAGAUGACGCUCAACCAGACAGCUUGCCUGUUAUUCUAGGAUCAGACUAUUUACCUGUAGCUGAGAAGCCACAUGUCUUUAAAGACCCACAGACAGGACAACUCAUGUUUGCAGAGCCUUUAUCUGAACCCCUUGAGCUGCAAAGCACACUGACUGCAUACAUCCCUGACUCGGGAAGAGCUAUCGUUAUUGACCCAAGCAGGAAUAAGACAUUCGAAGCUUAUCCCGCUAAGGAUGUUCCUGCAGUGUCUGAGGAGGUGACGGCAGAAAUGAUCUUGCCUGUGGAACUGCAGGAGUGGAAAGCCAACCUUUCACUCCUUUCAGUUGAAGAGCAGUCAGCAGCUGAGACACUUCCACCAUCCAGAAGCCAACUUGAAGAGCCACAAGAAUCUGAGAGGCCUGUACUGCGACAGAUUAUCACAACAAAAGGACCAGCAUACAUUCUUAAGCCAAGUGAAGAUGGUUCAUGUCUUCCUAGUCCACUCAGUGGCCAAGAUGGCAGUGCCCCUGACGGUGGACAAAGCUCACAAUACCCUCAGUAUGUUAUCUCUGGGGAAGUUUCUCCACAGACUGUACCUAAUGUCAUUGGUACAAAGACCAUUUCCCUAACUGAGCCUUUGAGAAUACAAGAUCCAAAGACUGGUAACAUCAUGGAAGCAUACCCUGCUCAAAAACCAGAGGAAUUGAACUCAGAGGCCAUUGCAUUCUGUGAAGAGUUGAAUGCAUCACCAAUGGUCAUUCACUAUCCAGAAGCCAAUAAAGUCGAGGUCGCUCAGCCAAUGCUUUCUGCCACAAAACAGCCUGAAGCACAACUUCUAGUGAAUCAGUUAAUAACAGAAGAGGGGCCGGCUUACAUCCUGAAACCUAUUGAAGAGAUUAGUGGCCUUGACAGUUUGAGUCGUGCACCAAUGCGGGAUGAAAUUACCUCUGGUCCUUCUGUUUUAACUUCUUCAGAGGUUACUGAACUGGAGAAGGUACCAACAGUAAUUACAUCCAAACCAGGCCUCCAAUCCCUUCAACAGCCUCUGAAGAUAAAAGACCCGUUGUCUGGUCGCAUUAUGGCAGCACAGCCCUGUGAAGAUCCCAAAGACCUGCAGACACAAAUUACAGCAUACAGUGAUGAUCCUAAAUCUGGAGUGAUCAAGAUCCACCACCCAAUUGAAAGAAUAGUGCCAGGUGAAGAGUCAUUCGUCCUUGAAAAGAAACCAGUGACUUCAGAGCUAGAAGCUAAGUCUCCCCCCAAACAACAACUGGUAACAGCUGAAGGUCCAGCUUACAUUCUCAGACCUCUUGAGAAGCAAACAGGGCCUUUAGAUGCAAGUCCCUUGCAGGCAAAACAAGGAACUACUCCUGAUGGUAGUUACUACAUAAUCAGUGGCAAACCUGAAGCUUCUGUUCUACCAACUGCAGUAUCUUUAAGACCUUUACCAGAUGUUCAUCUUGGGCCAUUGACAAUCAGUGAUCCCAAAACAGGAAAGCUCUUAGAAGCCAUACCAGCAGUAGAUCCCCAACAGCUCAGGACAGAGGUCACAGCUGUCAUCAAGGAUUCAGAGGACCAACCAGUGAAGAUCUACCACCCAAAGAAAGCUCAAGUCCUGAUUGCAAAACCAGCAAAAUCUAUGCAAAGUGAGGAAACCAGUCCAUCAACAGUUUUGUCAAGACACCCUCUGAGGGCAGCAGUGCAAAAGAGAACACUCCCUGAGCAGCAGUUAGUCACUGAACAAGGACCAGUGUAUGUGCUGACACCACUGGAACAGAUGCCACCUGAAGAUGCAAAGCGUAUGCAAACAGCUCCCAUUACCCUCCCUUAUGACUCAGAACUGGACAAGCUUCCUCCUGUGUUGUCCUCAAGACCACUCUCAGAGACUGGUGUAGAAGCUAUGCACAUUGUUGAGCCUGUUUCCCAGAAGGUUAUGGUGGCAGUGCCAUGUGUUGAACAGACACAGUUGCUGACAGAAGUAACUGUGUUUAUCAAUGAGACAGACAAAGAAGUCAAGAUCCACCAUCCUCAGAGCCUCAAGCCAACACUGGAGGCAAUGUCUGUGGUUUUUGAGAAACAGCCAUUGCAAUUAAUGACGCCUGAAGAGCAACUGUCAGAUGAACAGCUUAUCACAGUGGAAGGCCCAGCAUUCAUUCUAAGGCCUAUCAGAGAUACAAGCCCACUGAUUCAACUAUCUGCAACAAGCCACAGGUCUGCAGGUAGCAUCAUUGGUGGCACAGAAAUCUGCGAUAUUCCAACUGUAAAAGAAUCAAAGCCAAUCUCAAGUGACACAGCUGAGCCCCUCUGGAUUAGAGAUCCAAGGACUGGGGAGAUCAUGGAGGCCAUCCCAGCAGUUGAUCCAGGUCAACUGCAAAGAGAAAUUACAGCAUAUAUAAAGGAUACCGAUGAGGAGCCAGUUAAGAUCCACCAUCCACAUACAGCAAGAGGCACAAAGAGACCAUGGACCACUAGUAGUGAGCCCUCACAGCUUGUAGAGGAUUCUGCCAGGGCCAACAAAGAUUGGCAUCAGAGACCUAUUGAAACUGGCACCAAGGCAAAGGUCAGCAAGAAGCCUGAAGGAUACAAGUUUGCUCUUGGCAAGUCACAAACUGAGCCUUCACCACCCAUGCAGGAAGUUGAAAUAGAUCUCAUUUUUGCUCAAUCAGUUGAAACAGCGAAGCUAACAGAAAGUCCAAGUUUUGAAAAAGCAUCCAGAAUCCCCAAACAAGAUGAUCAGUUGCAACCAGCUUAUUCUAGUCCCAUCUCACACCAGCUUGUUACGGAAAAGGGCCCAGCAUACAUCCUUGAGCCACUAGAUGAAGCAGCUGUGUUUCAGUUUGGAAGUCCCUGGGAAGGCGGACAAGGAACUACUCCAGGCGGUGGUGUGGGUUCAGCACCAGCUGACUUCCUCAAGGUGCAAGAAGUGCCGUAUGAACAGCUGCCGAGGGUCAUAGGAACAAGACGUGCAGUUGACCAACAUCCUUUUACAGUACAAGACCCUAAAACUGGGAAACUACUGGCUGCACAACCAGCACAUUCCUUAAAUGACUUAAGGCAGUCAGUAAGUGGGUAUAUACCAGAUGGCAGUAAAGAUCAAGCCAUGGAAAUCUUUGACCCUUCAAGGAAGCAAGUGGCUGUUGCUUUGCCAUCAGAGAUUGCAGAAGAUCUGAUGACUGCUUUAGGUGGCAAAUCAUAUUUUCCCUCCGAACCCAGACCAGAAGACUCAGCCUCAGUUCCAAUGGACUUUAAUGAUGCUAGGGUAUCUGCAGAUCCAGUUCCCACAGGCCAGAAAGCUACAGCAGCAAUUGCUGAGCACCCUGAUGGGCAGAUGGAAACCAGUGAGCAUUUGAGUGACUCCACAUUCACACUAAGCGCUGAACCACUAAGAACGUCAACUCCUUUCAGUUAUGCACAACUCUUGAAAAAGCCACUGGUUGAAGAAGCGAUUUCUAAACCUCAACUGUAUCAGGGAGCCUUUGAAAUGCAGGAAGAUGCACCAGAGCCUGAAAGCCAAUUGGAGGACAAACAAGACACCAUCUGUCAGCUGAUUACUGAUCAAGGGCCAGUCUAUGUCUUGAAACCAAUUGAUAAGGAAACAAUUCAUCCUGUUAAGGGCAAGGAAGGCAGUGCACCUGAUCGAAGUACUGGCCUUCCAUCUGUAGAUUUUGUCAUAUCUCAGGACACGUUGCCACAGCAGCAACCACCAGUUGUCACUGGAGCUCGGGAAGUACCACGGUCAUUGUCACUUUUUGUCAGGUAUCCAACCACAGGACAAGUUUUGGUUGCUUUUCCAGCUGAAAGCCUAAAGGAGCUAGAUGACGAACUGACAGCUUACAUACCUGAUAAUGCCAGUCAGUCAAUUCGAGUUCAUGAUCCGAGCAAACCAGAAGAUCAAGUAGCUGUUCCGACUGAGAUGGUAAUAGUUGAUGAAACUGCUUCUGCUCAGAGCAUAGGGCCCUCAGAAUAUUCUCUUUCUAUUCAGAGUCUGUGGGAACAGGCCCCCAAUGAUGCUACCUCAACAAAAAAUGAGGAACCAGGAAUAGAAUAUAAAGCUGAAGAAGAAAAGGCUUCUGAAAGCGGCCCCUGGCAGCUUGUUGGAAAAGAAGGUCCUAUCUUUGUUCUGAAGCCAACUGACUCGAAGGCAAGCAAUCCGCCCAUAUUUGAGCAAGCCAGGAUUUUGGACAGUGUAACAGGCACCCCAUCAAUUGACCUUGAGAUUUCUCCAGAAUCACAACUGGAGCACCCACCCGUGGUCACAGGUGCACAGCAUGCCACACCAACAUCUAAACCAAUGUUGAUCAAAGAUCCAAAAACCAGCCAAACAUUUAUUGCAGUACCAGCUCAGAGCUUGAGUGAAGUGGCUGAGGAGAAAACUGUGUGCAUUCCAGGGAAGGCAGUGACCCCAAUAAGGAUUCAUGACCCCCUCACAGGCCGAAGUGCAAGUGCUUCUGAUGACAUCUUUGCUGAUGAAGCUGAGUUGGCUAGCAGAGCACAUGAGGUACAAAAGCCUGGAUUCAAACUGCCUGAUGAACAUGGUGGUGAACAACAAUCUUCUAGGAAAGAUGAGGAGGGCUCUAAUAUGCAUACUACUCUAGUGGAGGAAUUCAACCAGUUGUUGACUGAUCAAGGACCAGCUUACAUAGUUAAGCCAAUUGAUACAUUUGAGGGUGAAGUGAGCAGUCCAUUGCAGGGUUUUGGUGGCAGUUCCUCUGGUACGGGAGAGGGUCCUUCAUCUGCCAACUUUUUGAUUUCAACAGAAUCGCAACCUCAUCGCCUUCCUCAAGUAAUAGGUGCAAGAAAGGUCAGUCCAUCAAAUCCUCCCAUAAUUCAGGAUCCAGAGACAGGGAGGACCCUUGUAGCAAGACCAGCACAGAGUUUGAAGGAUCUGGAAGAAAAUAUUUCAGCAUGUAUUCCAGAUGGUUUUGAGGAACCAGUAAGGAUCCAUAAUCCUUGCCAGACAGUUGAUCAAAUAGCUAUCCCUACAGGACAGAUUCAAGUGGAUGAGGCCAUAUUGUCAGAUAGGGUAGGCGAUAUACACAAGCCAUUAAGCCUAAAUUUACAAGAUAAUGUCAGGCGUGAUAAGCCAUCAGCUGGUAAAGAGGAUGAAAUGGAAGAAGACUCACAACCCAAGGGUGGUACAUCUGAAGAGAGCAUGCAGUUGCUUGCUGACCAAGUGGAUGGAGCAAUGGUAGAUUCACAACCUGUAGAUGAUGCACAGGAUGGAACAUUGCAACUACUUUCUGACCAAGGACCAGUCUAUGUCGUGACAUCUUUGGACAGUAAAAGCAGUUUGCUGCCAGGUAAAAAGGAAGGUGCAUCUGGCGGAGGGGCAGGGCCUUCUCUGGCAGACUUUGUGAUAUCAUCUGAUACCCAGCCGAUGCAAGAGCCUUUGAUAACCGGCGCUCGCAGCACUCCCCAAUCCAAGCUGCUCAUUAUUGAUGACCCAUUAACUGGCCAAAGCCUUGUUGCAAGACCUGCUCAGAGCUUGAGAGACUUCGCAGAAGAAGUGACCGCAUGUGUUCCUGAUGAAUGCAACAGGCCCAUCCGAAUCCAUGAUCCUCACACAACACAAGAUCAGAUUGCUGUGCCUGCCGCAAUGGUAUCGGUUGAGGAAGAAACAGUACCUCAAAUAACUGGAAAGAAGAAGAAAUCUAAGAAGCGAAAAAAGAAAGGAACCUCAGCUGACCGAAAAGACACCCCAAAAGAAGCACCUGAGAGACGUGUUCCACAUGAAGAGGCAAAGCAGCUGCUCACUGACCAAGGACCAUUGUAUGUAUUGACACCACAUGGCAGAGAGCUAAGCUCUCCCAUGAAUGGUCAGCAAGGUCUGGAUGGCAGAGUAGGGCCACUGUCAGCAGACUUCAUCAUAUCAGAAGACACAACACCACAACAGUUACCUGUUGUAACAGGUGCCAGGGAUGCUCCAAAAUCACAGUCAUUUGUAAUUCAAGAUCCAAGAACUAGGGAAGCACUGGUUGCCAGACCUGCAGAGAGUUUAAGUGAUCUAACUAAAGGAAUUACUACUUGCAUACCGGAUGAUACUACAAAACCAGUCAGGGUCCAUAAUCCUAAUGCAUCAGAAGAUCUUAUUGCACUUCCUGUUGAUAGUGCUGAACAAGGAUCUCCUUCAGAGGGUCUUUUAGUACCUCCUGUCAUUGAAACAUCCACACGUGAAGAAACUGAGCAAUUGCUCACUGAUCAAGGACCACUGUAUGUUCUGAAGCCAGUAGAUGGCAAAGUGUCUACCCUCAAAGGGGGCCAAGAAGGGGAUUCUGUUGAUGGUGGAGAGGGCCCUCCAUCAGAUUUUGUGAUGUCCCUGGAGACACAGCCUAAGCAGCAGCCUGUGGUGAGUGGAGCCAGGACUGUUCCACAGUCCACAGUGCUAAGGGUUCAAGACCCAAGAACUGGUCAGACACUGCUUGCAAAACCAGCACACAGUUUGAAUGACCUGCAUGAUGAGGUUACUGCCUCCAUCCCGGAUCAGACAGAUCAACCAAUACUAGUCCACAAUCCUUCCCUCCUAGAUGACCAAAUUGCUGUACCUGCCCAAAAGAGUCCAUCUGAUGAUCAAGCACUUCAUGCUGUCAGAGCAAAGAAACCAAAGUCACCAAGACAUAAAGGCAAGAAACAAAAGACAAAACACCCUGUGCCACAUCAAGAGGAAAAAAUGGAAGAAACACCAUCUGAGGUACCUGGAAUUCAACAGCUCUUGUCUGACCAAGGACCAGUUUUUGUCCUGACACCAGUAGAUGAUGCUAGUAAUCCCAUAAAGGGGCUCGCAGGUAGUGCACCAAGUGGAGGUGCUGGACCCCCAGCAGCUGACUUUGUGAUUUCACCAACAAGAAAGCCACUCCAGCAACCUGUUAUUACAGGUUCUAGAUGUGUGCCUCCAACAGAGCUCCUCUUUGUCAAAGAACCCAGAAGUGGAGAGACUCUAGUUGCUGAACCAGCAAAAAAUCUGAAGGAUCUCAAGGAAAAAUUGACAGUAUGCAUUCCCGAUGAAGCCAAACAGUCAGUAACUGUGCAUAAUCCAAUCGAGUCCUGUGAUCUGAUAGCAUAUCCUUCUGAGCCAGAGUUGGUAACUGAAAGAGUAUCAGCUGAAAAGUUAGACAGCAUGGAAAAGCCCCUUGCCAAGAGGCUUAGUGCUGAUCCCAGUGAAAGAUCUAUGCAAGUGAGGGAGGAUGAGCCCAUUCAGAAGCAGAUAAUCACCGAGAAAGGGCCUGCCUAUGUGUUGAGACCACUGGGAUCAGCUGCCAGCCCACUGGAUGGCCUUGAAGGAGAUACUCCUGAUGGAGGUGUGAAACCACCCAUUGUCGGGGACUACCGAAUCGCAGAUGAUGCUGAGCCACAGAGACUACCCAUGGCCAUUGGUGUGAGGGCUGCACCACAGCAAAGGCCACUUGUUGUCAUCAAUCCCCAAACUGGAGAGGCAGUGGAGGCCAUCCCAGCUCAGAAUGUGCGUGACCUGUACAAAAGCACCAUAGCGUACAUUGAAGAUGAAGAGAAUGGGCCCAUGAAAAUCCAUGACAAUGAUACUGGAAAGGUGAAGGUAGCGUACCCAGUAGAAAUUGGGAUGGAACCAGACAGUGAAGCUCCUAUGACUGAGGACCAGGAGGAUGAGCCGAGGAGUGGGGAAUCAACCCCUGGCUUCUACACCCCAGAAACUGGAUCCCCUGCUCGAUCUCGCUCUAACAGUCUCGAGUUGGCUGCAGAGGAGCCCAUCCAAGCCAGUGAAGCUGCACCACGUCUCACUGCCUUUGGCUUUCUGGCUCAAGUACUUGGGCUCACCUCUAAAAAAGAUUUGAAGCCAAAAGAGGAACCAGCAACAGGUUUGGACGGGACUGAUGAUGGCAUUCCAUAUGAGGAAGCUGAAGGUUUCCUGCCUCCUGGAGAAACAGAAAGACCAUCCACAGCCGAGCAGGUGAACAUCCCUGAGUCAUAUUCACAAGCCACUUUAGAUGCUGGCUCAAAAAUCAGACCUGAAGAGCCAGUACCUCAACCUUCACGAAAACUAACAACACCUGUCAAAACUGUCAGGUUUGCUGAUGACUUGCCACCAACUUUUCCAUCGUCCCAAAAAUCAGAACCUGAUUCAGAUGUACAGGCCACUUUCAAGCCACACUUCCCCCACCCCAAGCCUACAAGAAGAGAUCCCGAUCAACAAGAAGCAAGAGAUCCUCAGGGUAAGUCCAGAGAGCCAAGAAAGAAGCUAUCCUCCACACCCAAGGAGUCUGACCAGAGGCAUCCUCAGCCCCCAACUGAUCUCUCUUUGCAUCCUGUCACCCCAAAGAAAACUCCAGAAGCUAAACCAAGUCCUCGAAGGCAUCUUCACCCAUCACCUAUGGGCUUCCGUCCAAGCUUUGUUUCCCAAUCCCCAACAUCCCAAGCACCUGCUCCAGAGCAGCUUAUCACCCCAGAUACAGACUCAGACCUGUUCUACACACCCGAUGCACCGUCAACAUCAUCAGAUGAAGUGUACUAUCCAGCUCGACAGCCAGACGAAGAGACUCCAACACAGUUGACAAGAAAAUGUGUUACAGCAGCUCCUGUUUCUGGACCUGUAAAAUCCCCCUCCUCACCAAGAUCCAGAGUCCCUAAAGGAGCUGAAUCAUCUCCAUUGGAAGACCUCCCCAGUAAAACCAGAAAAGGGAAGACUUCCCCCAUCGUGGGAAAAGAUACUUCUCCGUCUAGGGAGACAGGUGGAGAUAGAAUUGAGGAACUCAAUAGGUCAUGGGACAACCUCCAGCAAAAGAUGGAAGAGAAACAGAGAAUGUUGCGAGACGCUCUAGCCCGCCAAGAGGACUACCACAAUGCUCUGUCUGAGCUGAACAUCCAACUGGAAGCUGCAGAGCAGAAGCUAAAAGGGAUUGAUCAGCAAGACCUAGACGAGGGAAUUGCUACCUUAGGUCACAUCUUGGAUGAGGUGGAGGCUCUCCAGGAUAAGAUCAUUGAAGUCAAGGAGAAAGGCGAUAAGGUGGUGUCCCGCGGUGACGCUAGCAACAGGGAUGCCAUCCAAGCAACGCUGGCAUCUCUCAGAGAGAGGACGGGCAAUCUCCUCAGUGACAGCCUGGACAAACUCAACCAACUACAGAUUGAGAGGGAAGAGCAGGAGGAGCUGAAGAGCCAGCUGACGUCAUGUAAGAACGAGCUGCUUCAACUGGAAACGUGGUUGGAUAACUUCGUCCAACUCCUUGAGGAGGAGGGGCAGGGUGCAGCCUCUCAAGCUGAGGUUAGCGUUGUGGCAAUCCAACAGCAGCUGGUGCUCAAUCAGAAUCACCAGUUAGAGCUGAGUCGCAAACUCCAGAAGCUCCAAGAUGUGCAGGGCAUUGUGGACGACAUCCAGGCCAACUGCCCCUCCCGUGAGGGUGAGACCACCUCCGCCCUGGCUGCCCUACUGCGCACUCGUGCUGAGACGCUGAAGCGGGACCUGGGCGACCGGCAGGAGCUGCUCAAGAUGCGGCGCAACACCCAGCAGAUGGCGGAGGAGUACCAGAGCGAUGUGCAGCGGCUACAGGAGUGGCUGGCCGCGCACCGUGGUGCCACAACUGCCACCCUAGCAGCAACUGAAGGGAUGGAGGGACGGUCGCUGCCCAUCGACGUCGGCUCUGAGUCAUUGCAGAGACAGAUGGACCUGCAACAGAGACUGGAGGAAGAGCUGUCUGCCCACCAGGCGCUGCUGAAAUCGGUCGCUCGCCGAGGCACACGACGACGUGCCCACCCAGCUACCUCCCCCACGGAGGAGGAGAGCAGCCAAGUGAAUGGCAGGGACGAAGACACCGAGGACCAUGAGCUGUCCGAGAUGCGAGCCAAGUGGCAAGAGAUCUCCAGCCAGGAGGCAGAGAGGAAACGGCAGCUACUGGCCUCCCUGGAGUAUGCCAGACCCAAGGAGACUAAUGGCUUAAAUUACCCAGCACCAGCAAGGCGAACUUUGACCUUUGACCUGCUGGACAGGUCAGAGGAAGCAGAGGAGGACAUGCAGGCAUCUGUAAAGGCUCUCAAUCAGUGUUGGGAAAAAAUGCAAACUCAGGUUGAAGACCAACAGACCAGACUAGAGCAGGCCUAUGAGUUCCAGUCGGCCUACCAGACAGCUCUGCAGAAUGUCUCCAGUUGGCUUGACAAUGUGCAGCUGAAGCUUUUCUCAUCCAGUUGGCAGAAGGAUACACAAGCUCAGCUGGAUGAUCACUCCGCCCUUCAAGAUGAAAUCCACACCUUCCAAGACCAGCUGGAGGUCAUGAACGAGUCUUGCCAAGCCGUCCUCCUUGAAGCCAACGAAGAGAAUCGGCAGCUGAUCCAACAAGCGUUGGCGGACCUCAACUUGCGCAUGUCCACACUGGAAACAGAGGCCCAACAACGGGAACAAGAACUCAGGGAGAAGAAUAAGAGACAGAAAGCCUUCCAGGAUGAUGCGCAGAUCUUCCAGAGUUGGUUGACUGAUGCCAAGAAGCGACUGACCAGCCAAGAUGAAUCAGAUAGUGUGGUGGCAUUAGAAGACAAGAUCAACUAUAACCAGCAACUAGAAAAUGAAAUCCAGCAGAAUGAGGCCAGACUUCGCGACGUGGUUGAGAAGGGUGACCAGCUGUUGAGCCUGGAUCCGCAGAGCCCUGCUGUAGGGAACGAAGUGAGCAUGCUGCAAACUGGCUGGGAGGACCUCUACCGUCAGGCUGGGACCAGGAGAAGACGUCUCAACAAAGCUAAGAUACUCCAGGAGCAGUACCAUAAAAUCCUUCAGGAUUACAUGGAGUUUCUUGAUAUGGCGGAGCAGAAGCUGAGCAGGGAUGACGUCAUGGCCACUGAUGCACGCAAUCUCAGGGAACAACUAGAAAAACACAAAGAAUUCUUCAGCGACCUGGGCACCCACCACCUUACCAUCGAGUCCAUCGCCCAGAAGGCUGACCCCUCCACCCAGGAGCUCUUUGCCAGCCAGCGGUCACUGCUGGACCAGCGCAGCCACGCCAUCCAGGCCAAGGCCACUGUCCGAGGCCAGAUGCUGGAGAGACUGGUGACCGACUGGGACCAGCUGGAGAAGAGCCUGGAGGAGUUGAGGAGCUGGCUGGGUCACGUGGAGGCCCAGCUGCCCAGCAGCAUUGAUGAUGCCACGCAGGAGAGCGUACAGAAGGGAAUUCACAAAUAUCAAGCAAUGACCAACCUUCUGAGUGACCGUAAGCCCACCCUCCAGCAAGUGCUGAAUCGUGGCCAGGCCCUGCUGAAGAACGUUACCUCCUCCAAGCUGGACAACCAACUCCUGGACCUGUCGGAGAAGUGGGCCACUGUGCAGUCCAAGAUCAGCCAGGAGCUGGCCCUGUUGAGCGGCCUUCUCCAGGAGUGGAAGGCCUUCAACCAGGAAUCAGCCAGCUUCCUGCCCUGGCUGAGGGACGCCAACAAGGAGCUCCUGGAGUGGGGCAAGAAGGAUCAGCAGCCGCAGGAAGUGGGAGCCAUGGUGGCACGUCUGGAGAAGUUUAUGGCUUUCCGUAAGGACAUCGAUGGCCACUUGCCACUCAAGGAGUCAGUCUGCAACCACGGCCAGCAGCUGUUGAAAGUCAAGAAGCUCCACACUCAGCCAAUCACAGAGAAGCUGCGGCUAAUUGACAGCCAAUGGAGUGACCUGCAGAAUGAGCUGCCCCACGUACAGGAAGAGUUGCAUCAAAUGCAGAUGGAGCUCUUGCCAUCUAGACAAGCCCUGAAUGAGCUGAUGUUGUGGAUGGAUGCCCUGGAACGGAUGCUAGACGACCACAAGGAGAAGACUUACUCCAGCUCAAAUGAGGUGGAUGCCAUGAUGCAGAUAUAUAGAGGUUACAAGAUCGACCUGUCUACAAAGCUGUUGACUGUGGAGUUUGUCAACCAGUCUAUGCUCCACAUGAGCCAGGACCUGGAGUCCAAACGCGAGGACAAGACAGACUUUGCCGAGCGGCUGGGCGCCAUGAACCAACGCUGGGAGACCCUCAACGUUUCUGUGACUGAAGUGGUUAAGCGCCUGGACUCCCUCCAGCAGGACUGGCUGGAGUGGGAGCGGCAGGUCAGGGAGCUGACCACCUGGCUUGACAAACAGGAGGCCAAGCUGAGAAAAUGCGAGGGAAAGGUUGGACAUGAGACAAGCGUAGAACAAGCCGUCAAGAUGUGCCAGACGAUGGAAGACUCGAUCGACUCAAAGCAGUCAGACAUCACCAAGAUCCAGCAGACGGGCCAGACCUUGGCCCCGCUGGAGACAGUCCUCUGCACCGUGCAAGACCUGGAGCAGUCCAGGGACGGCCUGACCAUCCUCCUCAAGGAGGUGCGAGCUCUGCUGAUCACUGCACUGGAGCAGUGGCGGAUGUACCACGAGUGCCUGCAGGCCGUCUCUGCAUCCCUGGGAAAGGCCGAGUACUGCAUCAGUCGAGUUGGCAUGGCAACGGGGACCCUGGAUUCGCUAGAGUUUCAGUUAAACAAGUUUAAGGACUUACAAGCAGAGUUCACAGGUCAUAGAACACAACUGACUAACCUAUGCAGAUUAGCUGACCAAUUAGGACUGGUAUGCAAGUCAUCCGUGUGUGAAUCUCUUGACAGAACCGUCAAUGACCUAACCACGAGGUGGAACAAUGUGGAUUACCAGCUGAGGGAGACAGUCACCAGUUUUGAGAAGUCCUGGUCUCUGUGGCACCAGUUUGAAGAAAGGCAUGAUGGGAUUGAGGCAUGGCUCAUUGAGAAGGAGAAUGAGUGCGAGUGUGCGAUGGCAGUCCCAGAGGAAUCAGACGUGGAGACGGAUAGGGAGGCAGAUAGGGUGACAGAGAGGGCAAAACAGGUGGAGACUUGCAAGAAACUUCUUGACGAGCUGAAAUCCUACCACGAAAUUGAUGCCUUACGUAACCUAGUGGACCAACUGACCAGGCACAUGGACGGCACCACAGCCAACAACAUUGCCUCCAGGAGACGGGUGCUAUCCUUGAAACAAGACAACCUGUGCAAGGCCUUGAAGCGGUUCAUCAAGACCCAGGAGGCAGACCUCAAGAUGCAGCGUCAGCUAAGAGACAAGAUACAGAAGCUCCUCUCCUGGCUGGAAGACGCCACUGACGUCAUCAACAUGGAUGACCCCAACCGAUCAUCAGAUGAGACCUCCAUCAGGGAACGCAUGGCUCAACUCAAGGCUGUUAUGGUGGAGUUCAGUGGGCGCCAGUCAGAGUUGAACUCCCUGAAUGAGAUGGGUUACCGGCUGAGUCUGAACCGCACCAACGCCGCCGACCUCUCCUCGGUCAACAACAAGUGGAACGCCUCCUUUGGCCGUGUCUGUGAGAAGUACCGUCGCCUGCAGGGCGUGCUGUUGCAGCAGCAGAGCUUUGCCCAGAAGUGUACCGCUUGGAGUAACUUCAUCGAGGAGACAGAGAAGAACCUGGCGGUGGUCAUAGCUGGUAGCUACUUGGAGCUUCUAGAUCAACAAAAAAUAUAUGAGGUAUUUGAGUCAGACAUCUUCAACCGCCAGCAAAUCUUGUUUUCCAUCAUUAAUGACGGUCAGCGCAUGGUGCAAGACGGCGACCUGGACGACCCCGAGGAGUUCCAGCUCCAGCUGGACCAGCUCAGCGAACAGUGGCAGAGUGUCAUCAGGCGGACAGCGGCCAAGAAGGACGACAUCGACAAGAACAUCAGAGCGUGGAACGCUUACUACCAGAUGCUGAGCAAGAUGCAGGAGUGGCUAGAGGAGAUUGAAGAGGAGGUCAAAGCUUACGACAUCACCACUGCUCCCUUGCAGAGAAUACGAAGCCUUGCCGAUCAGGCAAAGGGGACUCAGAGGUCGGUCGAGCUCCAGGAAACCCUCUACCUCUCCCUUAAUGAUGCUGGCAAGAGCCUCCUCAGGAACUCAGACAGUCAGUCAGCCGAGAAACUCAAAUUGGAAUUGACGGAUGUCCAGAACAGCUGGCACCAGGUGACCACGGGCCUGCGGAAGAACAUGCAGCAUCUGGAAGAGGUCAUUGGGGAGUGGGAGGGCAGCGACGCACUGAUGGACGAGCUGCACGACUGGCUACGCAGCAACAGGAAGGUGCUAAGUCAGCCCCUGCCCCACCAGUACGACGAGCUGCAGCGGGGGCUGGAUAGAUGCAAAGAGAUUGAGAACUCAUUUGAUGCCACCGGGAGCCGGCUGGAGAAGCUGAGACAUCUGGAGGGCCGCUUGCAACCCACAGUCAGUCCAGACGACAUGGCCGUCCUGAGCGAGCGCAUUGCGCUCCUGAGCAAGCAGUGGGAGGAGGUGCACCACCAGACGUGCCAGCGGCGACAGCAAAUCACGGACAGGCUUAAUGAGUGGGCUACCUUUACUGAGAGAUAUAAGGAGUUUUGUGAUUGGCUGACACAGAUGGAGGUGAAGAUUGUACAGAAUGGAGAGCACAGCAUUGAGGAUCUCUUGGCAAAGUUGACAGAGGCCUACCAGGAGGAGAUAGAGUCGGCCAAGUCCAGCAAGGAGCAGCUGCAGGAACUAGGCCAGCGACUGAUCACCGCCAGCAAUGAGGCCAGAGCCAGUGACAUCGAGUACAAGCUAGCCAAGCUAGCUGAGCGCUGGAACCACCUCAUGGAACUUGUCGGAGCACGAGUGAAGAAGCUGCAAGGUACAUUGACGGCAGUACAGGAGCUGGAUCAAAACAUGGGUCAUCUCCGCCAUUGGCUGACGCAGAUGGAGAAGCAGCUAGCUUCCCCCAUCAUGUAUGAGACGUGUGACAAGAUCGAGAUACAGGCCAAGCUGCAGACCCAACAGGAGAUCCAGAAGGACAUCGAGCGCCACAGCAAAGGGGUGACCUCCGUUUUGAACCUAUGCGAGAUGCUACUUCACGACACAGAUGCCUGCUCCUCAGAUGCUGACAAUGAGGCCAUACAGACAGCUGCCAGAACCCUGGACCAGCGAUGGAGGGCCAUCUGCUCCUCCUCCAUGGAGAGGAAGAUGAAGAUUGAGGAGACGUGGAGAUUGUGGCAGAGGUUCAUUGAUGAUUACACCCGAUUUGAUGACUGGCUAACGAGCAGUGAGCGAAUAGCAUCCAACCCGCACACCACCAGUGCACCGUUUGCUGUCAUCAAGGAAGAGAUCAAGAAAUUUGACAUGUUCCAGAGGAAGGUCCAGGAGAACUUCACCCAGCUAGAGAUCCUCAACAAGCAGUACCGGCGGCUGGCCCGGGAGGGCCGGGCUGACCGCACCCAGCAACUCAAAACCAUGGUGCAGCAGGCCAACGACCGCUGGGACGACCUGGUCCGACGCUGCUCGGCCAUCCUGAGGCGGCUGCGAUACGCCCAGAGCCAGAAGGAGGAAUUUGCCGCCUGCAAGGAGAGCAUGCAUGUGUGGCUGACGGAAAUGGACCUGCAACUCACCAACGUGGAGCACUUCUCAGAGUCUGACAUAUCGGUCAAGAUCAAGCAGAUGAUGGCUUUCCAGCACGAAAUCGAGCUCAACCGGCCCCGACUGCAGGAGAUUGUUGAGCAUGCCCAGGUCCUGAUGCAGCGCUCCGAUCCCCACGACAGCGCCUUCAUACAGGAGGAGAUGGACGAGCUGCAGCGGUACUCGGUGGAAGUGUUUGACAGGGUCAGAAAGUUCCAGCGCAAGCUUGAAAGACUCUCCAUGGCACAGGGAAGCGAUUCCUCCUGCAUUCCAUUUGAUUAUCUCACUGUCAAACCCAAGUAUGAAACCACUAGCACCGAGACAGAAGAAGACAGCGAGGGUAUCAGCUCGCGGGACAUCAGCCCUGACCGGGACAGUCCGUCAUUUGUCAGUUCCCACCGAUCCCUCACCAGCACGGCCAGCGUCUUCUCCCGCUCCAGCCGGGGCAGCCGUAAGGAGCCCCCCGCCCAACGAUCCCGGAGUAACUCGCGGUCGGCCUCCCCCUCCCCAGCCCAUGAGGGCCACGCCUCCGGGCGGAUCACCCCAGCCAGUGCUGUGUCGCUGGACUGGGACAUGUACGUGUCAGGUAACACCCAGCAGUUCUCCGAGGCCCCCGGAGAGGAGACGGGACGAUUCAAGGUGGAGAACCAGCACAUCCAGCAGGCAAUGGAGGACUGCUUGAUGAGGAUUGAAGCUACCGAGAAUGCCUUGAGAUGUCGGACUCCAACUGGGCCAGAGAUUGAAGACGAGAAAGAAGGAUAUGAUUCUCUGGUGGAGGAUUGCCGUGUGAGUGUCGAUGUCCUCAAGAGACUAGCAAUGAGAAUGCCUCAGGAUGAUCCAGUACUCACCCAACAGAUCGCAGCUGUCUUGAAUCGCUGGGAGAUCCUCCAAGCAGACAUCUUGGAUAAGGACUCUCGCCUAAACCAGAACUACAAGCAGUGGCACCAGUUCCGCCUGGACCUAAACAAUCUGAACUCCUGGCUGGAUGAGGCCGAGGUGUUGCUCAGCACUCAGGAGACCGACUCUCCUGCCGGAGACCUGGAGGGCAUGAUCAGGAGACACAGGGAGUUCAUCCUAGGCCUGAAUGCACGCAAGGCCAUUGCCCUGUCCAUCAACCUCUGCAGCCAGCAGUUCCUACGCCCUGACAGCCGGCACACCCAGGCGUUGCGGGAGGAGCUGAGCGCCAUGAACCAGCGCUGGGACCGGGUCUGUGGCCGGGCGGCCGACUGGCAGAAGGAGCUGCAGCUGGCCAUCAUGCAGUGCGAGGAGUUCCACCAGACCACGGCCGAUCUGAUGGUGUGGCUGGACGGGAUCGAAGCCACAGUGGUGGAGAAUGAGCCCAUCGACUUGAGCGCCGAUGAGAACCGGCUGCACCACCAGUAUAGGGUCUUCAUGAAAUUCAAGCGUGAGUUGCAGUCUUCCCAGCCUAAGGUGUCCUCCUUGAAGGAGACAGCCGACCAGCUGCUGGUCGAUGUGGAAUCGGAAGACUGUCAAGCCACACGAGAUAAACUCCACCUCAUCUCUCGCAAGAUUACCUCAUUACUCAGACGCUGUGAAGACAACCUGGAGUUACUAGAGACCACCAUAGACCCUACGCAGUUUGAGUUAGACAAGCCUGAAGACCAGAGCAUUGCACCUCAGCGAGCGGCCUUCCCCCUACAAGCCAUGGGGGACAUGAUGGGAGAGUUUGGUAGCACCCCAAUGUUGAGAUCUGGUACCCCAGUCUACACCAUGAGACACUUCACUGAUGCUGCCACCAACACCAUACCAGAGGAUGAGGUAGACGGAGCUGCCAUUGUUCCGGUAGCUGGUGCUCCUGUCCACCGUCGUCGGUCCCCCUUUAUCUCCAGAGCAUUGAGGGCAGCACUGCCACUUCAUCUGCUCAUGCUCCUCCUCCUGGGCGUGGCCUGUCUCGUGCCGAUGACCGAGGAAGACUACAGCUGUACGCUGACCAAUAACUUUGCCCGGUCGCUGCAGCCCAUGCUAAGAUUCACCAAUGGACCGCCCCCAAUCUGAAGAACUUGGGGGACCAACAGAUUGUCUCGGGUCUUUGAUCUUGUGCAAUUUUUGAAAGAGGUAUUUCAAGUGGUCCAGAGCAUUAACUACAGAUUUUAACCAGAAGAGUUUUUAUGACAAAUCAAAUGUUCUAUUUUAGUACUACUGGAUUGGGGGGGUGUCAGCAUAAGAAAAUGUACACAGCCAUCCAGUUCAUCUUAAAGCUGCUCUCAUUUGACAGAACAGCAUCUUGUGAUAUACCACAACAAUCCACUGGGUGUGUGCUGGAGUGUUUGUAUAUCAUUUUCUCCAAAUAACUGCAAAAAUCUGUUUUUCAGAAAUUCAAAAGAAAGUUUUGGUACAAUUACUGGUAUUAAGAAUUUCCGUGCUGACCUUUUUUUUCUGGCAGAUGCUGUGAAAUGGGUAUUCAAUACAACUCCUAUUUUGUGACUGCUUGCUGAUUACCAAAAAUAUUUACUUUUGUACAUUUGACUGUAAAUUCCGCUUUCAAAGGGUUGAUGUGAUGUUAAUCUGGAAUAUAUCAGUGUUUGUAAUUAAUCCAACAAAGCCAUGGAAGUAAUGUGAAUCGACUGUCAUUGAUGAGCUUUCAUUUUGGGAUCAUGGAACAGGUUGUAAUUCGAACACAGUCGGUCGGUCCAAACACUUUGUUUUUAGAAAUAGGAACUGUGGUCUCAUGUAAAACGAAACCACAUACAAUUACCUUCAGACCCAGUUCUAACUGGCCUUGUUUUUCCCCCAGUUCGUUUGAGUUGGGAAUUUAUAUAGCUUUAUUUCAAAGUCUUUCGCUUUUUUAUCCAAUCAAGGUCCAUCAUAUUCAGUUAAGAUUGAAAUUAAUUUUUCACCUGGAUUUUCUCUACAAGUGUAGUAAGGCUUAUCUUCCUGUUUGAAGUUGACACUAAUGGCUUUAUCAUGCAUGACUUCCUGAAGUGCAUGUUUUUAAGUUUAACCACUUGCUGCGGGCGGAACUUGAAGUUGGACGACAUAUACUCGGGGGAUUUUCCAGAUUUUCUGUUUCCAAAAUUCUUCAAAAAAAUCAUAACUUCAUUAACUACACAUUUACACCCACAUGA